GGAUGCUCGUCAUACGGGCAUCUCGUCCCUGCCUUACUGGAAGCAUCUCACCCCACCAAGAGACGAAAGCUCCUCCACGCGACAACGACUAUUACCACCACCACCACCCACUACAACCAUAAUCAUAACCACGAACCACAACUACCCCGAGCUGCACGAGAGCUAUGCGUACAAAUGCCAUCAUACUUCUUUCACAUACUCUUUGAGCUCUACGAUACAAAUUCGCCCCUCUGCCAGAGCAUACCGGAACUCUCAAACCUCUCAUCAGCCCAGCUCUCGUCCCUACCCUUUUGGAUUCCUCCGCAGGAGACAGACAUCUUCACCUCUGACCUCCCUUCGCAUCCGAAGAAAUACCUACCAGCCGCCCUACAACCACAACAGAAGCUGGCGGUUUGGACGGGUCAGGGUAGAAUCGAUAGAUAUGACUCCACCGCUGGGAAGCAUUUCGACCUCCCCGUUGACGGGCAAUGUUGCAGCACAUAAGGCACGGUUUGUACCGUUGGAGACGAGGAAUACAGAGUUCGGCUAUGGAGUGGUACAUCUCUACCGAGACACGGUAGAGACGCCGGGACUCUAUGAUGCUCCACCAGAAGCAAACAGAGAGAAGGUCGGUAAAGUGAAGGAUGAGGUGCUGGAUGACGAUGCGUUGAGGACGGCUGCGAUAUUAGCAGUUCCGUCGUACAUGACGCCGUCGGACUUUAUGGGCUUUGUUGGUGAGGGAACGAGGGACGCAGUAUCGCAUCUGCGGAUGGUCCGAACCGGCAAGGCGAAUCGUUACAUGGUUCUCAUGAAGUUCCGGACGAAAGAAGGAGCCAAGAAGUUUAUAACAGAUUUCAAUGGAAAGGUUUUCAACAGUAUGGAACCUGAAAACUGUCACGUGGUCUACGUGAAAUCCAUACAAUUUGCACCGCCUUCCACUACAAUGGUCUCGCAGAACCUCAGACCAGGCGUCUUUCCCGAAAUCUCGAAUGACCCAUUCUCACCGUCGCACUCCCCCGCGCCCGUGGAGCUAGCCACAAGCCCGUCUACUUCCUCCGCACCUCACAUCUCCACCAAACCCGCUCCGCCGCCGACCCCAGCUCUCGAAGAGCUCCCCACCUGCCCUGUCUGCCUCGAGCGUAUGGACGAAACGACCGGCCUGCUUACGAUACUCUGCCAACACGUCUUCCACUGCGCCUGCCUCAGCAAAUGGAAAGACUCCUCCUGUCCCGUCUGCCGCUACACGCAAUCCUCUCACUCUCUAGCCGCGGACUCCGAUGACUCGGAUGGUCAAGAAGACUGCUGUAAUACCUGCGGCGCAAACCAGAACUUAUGGAUCUGCCUGAUCUGCGGCAACGUUGGUUGCGGCCGCUACGACGAUGCACACGCCUUCGAACACUACAAGAUCACCUCGCACUGCUACGCCAUGGACAUCGAGACACAGCGGGUCUGGGACUACGUGGGCGACGGCUAUGUGCACCGGCUGAUACAAAACAAAUCCGACGGGAAACUGGUCGAACUACCAUCCGCACUCACUCACUCGAACGAUUCCGACUUGGACGGCGACCUUGUCCCCCGUGCGAAACUGGAGAACAUUGGAAUAGAGUAUACGUACCUCCUCACGUCGCAGCUGGAAUCACAGCGGCAAUAUUUUGAGGAACAGGUUACCAAAGCCGCCGACAAAGCAUCCUCCGCCACCGCAGCUGCGGAGAAAGCUACCGCUGAAGCUGUCGCCGCUACCACCGCCCUCAAGGCAAUUGAAGAGAAAUACAUAACCCUUUCGGAAGAUGUCGUGCCGGCACUAGAAAAAGCUAAGACUCGUGCCGAGGGGAAAGCACAGAAACUUCAGGAGCUGGCGGGAAGGAUGCAGAAAGAGUGGAAAGAGGAGAAGGGGGUCAAUGAUGGGCUGCUCGAGAGGGUCAAGUUCUUGGAUAACGAGAACAAAGAGCGUGGGAAGGAGAUUGCGGACCUUAAGGAGCAGGUGAGAGAUCUGAUGUUUUUCUUACAGGCCCGGGAGAAGUUAGAGGAUGCUAGUGAGGAUGUGCAAGAAGGUACCCUCACGGUGGCGGAGGUACCAAAGGAGGAUAAGAAGAAGAAGAAGGGGAAGGGACGGCGGUAGAAACCAUUGGUACUCGUACUUGAUCGCUUUAUUGUUUUGAAAAAUAGGUAUCGGCGUGUAAAUGUGUUGUUGAUACGGUGUGAUCAGAGAAUAUACAAUCGGAUCACUCCUGUAUUUAUCUUCAGGAACGUAUAGAGUAAAUGCCACCGUCUUUCUAUCUCCUCCCGUCUAGUUUGUUUUAAGGAACAAAAAAAUGAAUCAAAAAGUACAAGGCCCAAUCCCGGGUUUGAACCGGGGACCUCCCACAUGCAGGCUGUUGAACAGCCGGGAUAAACCCGAAGCGAGA